CCACCCCUGCUCUUCUACUGGCGCUGGUCUGUUCCGAGGCUGUCGGAUAUAACCAACAUCCAGAAAUGGUGUAGAAUAUCAGGAAAAACAGCGAGGAAGUGCGGCCAGCAGGAGAAGUAGCGACAAGGCCUAGCACGCCAAAGGCACAGGAGAGCCAUCCAGAAGAGCCGGGGGUCAAAGGUGAGACGAGUGGAGGGAACCAUGGAGAGUGAGCCAGGGGCCCCCGCCUCCACAGCCAGCAGCUCUGGGACCACCACCUCCUCCAGCACCAGCACCUCCAGCACCACCGCUGCCAGCAGUAGUACUACUUCUACCACUACAAGUAGUAGUAGUAGUAGUAGUACUACUAGUAGUAGUACUAGUGGUAGUAGCAGCAGUAGUACUACUACAGGGAGACAGUCAGUGCCUCAGAUAUCUGUCUACAGUGGGAUCCCUGACCGUCAGACAGUACAGGUAAUCCAGCAGGCGCUCCACAGGCAGCCUAACACAGCAGCACAGUACCUGCAGCAGAUGUACGCUGCUCAGCAGCAGCAUCUGAUGCUUCAGACUGCAGCUCUCCAGCAGCAGCACAACCUCAGCACUGCUCAGUUCCAGAGCCUGGCCGCCGUGCAGCAGGCCAGUAUUGCAGCGGGCCGGCAAAGCUCUUCGCAGAAUGGCACUUCAUCACAGCAAACAGGAUCUUCUCAGGCUACAAUCAACUUGACCACCUCCCCAGCGGCAGCCCAGCUAAUCAGCCGAGCCCAGAGUGUCAGUUCCGCCCCCACCAGUAUUUCCCAGCAGGCCGUUUUGCUGGGCAGCCCAUCCAGCCCCACCCUGACGGCCAGCCAGGCACAGAUGUACCUGCGCGCACAGAUGGCCCAGCAGAGUAACCUUGUGCAAGUAGCCAGGAGCCUGGGCCGAGCUGUUCCCCUGUCUCCACAGCUCAUCUUCACCCCCACGGCCACGGUGACGGCUGUCCAGUCAGAGAGCUCCACACAGGCUUCCUCACAGAAUCAGGUACAGAACCUGGCCAUCCGUGGCCAGCAGGGGGCGACCACGUCCUCCUCUCAGACCCAGACCUUGCAGGCCCUGAGCCUGAAGCAGAGUCCUGUGCCUAUCCAGCCUGCCUCACUGAUCAAGAACCCCAACCAGGGGACCCAGGGAGCCUCGGCAGGGGCCAAGGCCGCCUCAGUUGACGGCCCGUCUGAUGGAGGGAAGAAGGGGGAUGGUGCGGCCGUGACAGAGGUGCGAGCUUUAAACAUGAGCCGCAGCGUCACAGCUGUCAGCGCCCAGCCUCUUAUUGCUCCAGCGUACACUCAGAUCCAGCCCCACUCGCUGGUUCAGCAGCACAAGCAACAGCAGCAAUUUGUGGUCCAUCAGAACCAAGGAUCCCAAAGGACGCAGGGCCAGCUGCUGCAGACGGCCUCCAUUCAGCCAUCACAGCACCCUGUCCCUGUGUUGCCCAAACCUGCCCCUCAGCAGCCCUCCACGCCCAGCCAGCAGGCCACCAUCUUCCACUCCACCAUCAGCCCCCACGCCCUCCACUCGUCCCUCAGCCACGCUAAAGCCCAGCCGGUCCAGCUCACCGCCAUCAACCUACAAAUACAGCCAACGGCCUCUCGACUGGUCCAGGAGAGUAAAGAUAAGCCAACCUCACUGGUGGUCAGAGAAACCUGUCCAACCCCAGCGACACAGCAGCAGCAACAGCAGCAACAACAACCCACACCUUCUCCGCCACAACCCACCAAGCCUACAGAACCGGCCAAAGUUGACCCAGCCACACCAGCUGUUCAGCCACAAGGAGAAGGCUCUACAAAGAGGUUGAGUUCAGCAGCUGGGACCCCACCUCCAGCCAUGACCUCAGGAAAUGAGAGCGAGGCACCCACCGUGACGGGCAGCACGCCUCAGAAUGGAGAGAACAAGCCGCCCCAGGCCAUCGUCAAGCCCCAGGUCCUCACACACGUCAUUGAAGGCUUUGUCAUCCAGGAAGGAGCCGAACCGUUCCCUGUGUGUGUGGAGCGCCUGCCCAUUCUCAUUGACAGCCCAAAGAAGCUGGACCAUCAGCUGUCCUCAGACCCUGACAAGACGCCGGUCAGCAACCAAGCAAACACCACAGACUCUGAGCCUGAGGACAUGAACCCGCCAGAAAAAGACCAAGAGGAGGAACCCAAGCUGACAUGUGAAUACUGUGGUUGGGUCGACUUUGCCUACAAGUUCAAGGGCUCUAAAAGAUUCUGCUCAAUGGUUUGUGCAAAGAGGUAUAAUGUGGGCUGCACAAAGCGGAUAGGUCUUUUCCGUCCAGAGAGGACUAAGCCAACUAAUCGAUGGCGCAGAAAAUCACAGGGCCGUCCAAGUGUAGAGGCUAAGAAACAGAAGUUGUCCCCUUCACCACAGCAGACCCAGGGGGGCUCUGUGUCCUCACCACACCCCUCGCAGCCCAGCCAGGGGGAAUCCAGCCCAUGCUCUGACAUGUCCAGCUACGAGGAGCCCCCCUCUCCCCUGUCAGCAGCCAGUUCAGGACCCCUGGCUCCUGCCCCGGCCCAGGUCCCUGUCCACCGGCAGCCAAGCCGGGCAUCCGACCAGGAAGGCUGUGGUGGUAGAGACGUACCUACGCUCUCUCAGCACUUCCUGCCCAACGACCCCACCAAGUGGAAUGUGGAAGAAGUUUAUGAAUUCAUCCGCUCCCUGCCAGGUUGCCAGGAGAUAGCUGAUGAGUUUCGCUCUCAGGAGAUUGAUGGACAGGCCUUGCUUCUGCUAAAGGAGGACCACCUCAUGAGCGCCAUGAACAUUAAACUAGGACCUGCACUCAAGAUCUUUGCACGUAUCAACAUGCUCAAAGACUCUUAGCCAGGAUGGAGUGUGUGCAUACGUGCAUGUGUGUGUGUGUAUGUGUGUGUGUGUGUGUGUAUGUAAGUGUAUAAGUGAGGGUGGAAGUCCUUCUCUGGGACAGGGUGAGAGAUUCGUCAUCACUGAUGACUACCUUACCUCUGCACUAUGAACUUGCUCUGUCCCCGCUAUUGGAUUGGUUCCCUCAAUAUACAUUUGGACUUGCCUGGAUCAAGCCCCGCCCUAUUCACUUGUAUUUGUGUGAUAAACCACGUGACAUUUAAAUUUUGUAGUUCAUAGAACUGCAAGUGGUUUCAUUGGGUAGCUCAAGCAUUCAGAUCAAACUGAGCUACAGUUGGAUUUCUGUGUUCACGCGUGCUCACAAGAGUGAAGCAAGUGUUUACUCCUGUGAUUGGUCAGGAACAACGCAGGCACCGGCUGAAAUAUCAUUUCUUCACCGACAGUGAAAUCAGACAAGGAGUCCCGAAGAGACUACCAUAUCAGUGUUAUGAACUCCAAAAAUUUGCAUGCACGCGUUGACCAAACAAAUACAUGUGGAAACAAAAGGCAGUUCAUACAGCAGAACCUGUCUUCUUUUGGACUCAACCCACAGAAGAAACUGCUGUCAAACUCCUUGGCAGCACAAGGGAACAGUGGCGACCAGUAAAAACAGACUAGCUGCAUCAUAGAACAAGAAGCAGUUCCAAAGGGCAACAGCAGAGCCUCGUCAGCUCUGCCUAGGUGAAGUCAAACUGCAGCAGACUAGAUGCUGAAUGGAGAUAUUUACAUGUGAAAUGUGGGUACAUCUGAAUAAACUUCUUGAUUGUGAUAACUAUUGUUAUUAUACAUGUUAUUUUGUGCUGUUUUGUUACGAUGUGUGUGUGAGAAAAGGAGAGAGAGUGUGUGUUUCUGGCUGGGGACUGAAGAAGGCCUUCAUAAAUCUAUAAUUUGCUCAUCCUUAUUCAGUAGAUGCUCCUUUGCCUCUUUUCACAAUAAUACUCUCAAACCUCUCAAAUACAAAGCUUGAAUGCUGAAGAAUCGUUUAAGCGGCUUCUUUUGUGGCAUUGAUUUUCCUUUUGUGAGGAACUCACCAUUUUUUUCCCCUGUAGAUUUAAACUGCUUAGAAGUGAUUUUUGCCCUUUCUGCAAAGUGAUUUACCACAAUAUGACAUACAUUAUUGAAUCCUGGUCCUAGUUUUAUAGACAGACACUCAAGAUAUCCAAGGAGCUCUGGUCACACUGUCCUGCUUUAGCACUUAUUGCUUCCUUUCUUUUUUGUGCCAUUUUGUCAAAAUGUUCUACCUAAAGAGCUAAAUUUGGAGAGGGGAAGUGUGUGUCUACAGUUUGUGUAGCAGUGAAAAGAGGUGUGCAUCUGUACAUAGCUUUGGUCAGAAAGACUGGUAAAUAAGUGUGGAACUUUAUAUUUGCUUUUUAAGUUAACCAUUUUUUAAAAAAAACAAUGUUAAUGCUGUUCAAUAUUUUGAGAUAUGCAAGUGUGUAAAUAUCAUGGUUUGGGAGGUGUUUUUUAUGUUUCUAUGAAAAUAUGAUCAUAUCUAUUUGUGUUUUGUGGCUGUGAUGAAAGGUGUUUCAUUUUUUUAGAUAAUGCUUUGUCAAAUGCUUGUAUUUAUCAAAAAAAGGAUUUGUUACGCAACAUUUUUUCAAUGAUAAAAAAUCUGCAACAA